AUGAUCAAGCGGAUGUACGAAGAUGCUCGACUGAAGGAGCUGGACUACACAGGACUGGAGACGCUACAGUUCGUAGAAGAACUUCAAGAUCCGUCGCUCCGUGAAGUUUGUCUCAGAAUGCUAGAUACGCAUGUAGAAGAAGCCAAGUUGACAAAAGAAGACCUCGUUUCUAAAUGUGAGAACUUCACCGCAUUGAAGAUGGACGACACAGACAUUGAAGGAAGUCAUGAUGUUUAUGUCGUACAGAAAAAGAAUGUGAAGUGCUUCAAUAGUGGAGGACCGCAUUGCAGAAGCACAUGUCCGCUUCUCUCCUCCAACACUGGACAGAAUAUGCGACAGAAACCAAGAAGACGAUCCAACCGUCGCAAGAGAAGCCAGUGCAAGAACGUUGUCACCUUCGCCGCUGAGAACGCUCAAACCUACCUCGAUGUCAAUAUCAGAGGACGUUCUCUACGCUUCCAGCUCGACACCGGCGCAGAUAUCAUGUUGGUAUCACGUCGAGUGCGGAAGAAGCUCGAAUCUCCAGCCUUGGAAGCCUGUAUCAUGCUAGUCAAGACGGCAGAUGGAUCACCGAUGAAGAUUGAUGGAAGCUUCUCUACAGACUUCUUUGUCAGAAACCGCACAACAGAGAAGAACAUUCAAGGUGAUGAAACUUGUUACGUCACCGAAAGCACGAAUCUGCCAGGACUGGAGUGGUGUAUUCAACUUCCAGCAUACAAGGAGUUGAAAGACAAAUACCGCUGCCGAAUGAUGACUAAAGAAAAAGCAAACCGAGAGGAAACUAUCGCAGACUUGAAGAAGCAAUACGCAGAUGUAUUCAAGUGCGGAGUUGGCAGAUGGGUUAGGACUAAGGCGAAGUUGCUGUUGAGGGACAACGCAGUACCUGUUUUCAAGGAGAAGCGACCACUACCCUAUGCCUUCGUGUCGGAUUUGGAUGCUGAAAUUGAUCGGCUGAUUGUCGAAGAAGUGAUCUCACCAGUAGAGCAUUCAGAGUGGGCCACACCUAUCGUUGUAGUCAAGAAGAAAAGUGGACAAAUCUGUUUGUGCGAAGACUUCUCGACAGGAUUGAACGGUGCACUGCAGUUGCACCAGCACCUGUGGCCCUUAAUACCACAUUUUCCUCCUGUUUUCGAAACGUCCAGGUCUCUGAUGUACAGGUACGGCGGUAAACGAUGA